AUAAAACUUAAAAGAGAAGAUAAAAGAAAUGUGAAAAAAAGAAAGAAAUAAUUACUGUUUUCUUUGUCUUUCUAUAUGGUGGGGAUGUUUUUUUGGUUUCAUCUGUUGGGUUUCUCUCUUGUGGGCUCAAGUUUCGAUUCAUUUGAUUGGGUUUAACAAGCUCUAUCUCUUUCAUCCUCACCCUACAUUCCACACCUCACUGUGUGUGUUUGUGUGUGUGUUAUGUGUAUUUAUCUUUUCUCUUGAUUCUACUAUAGCAGGCUUUAUAUACAAGACUUAUAACCUCAACCUUACCUGCUCAAGGUGCGGGGUCAAUGAACAAAAAAGCAAAGAAAGUUCAUUUGUAAAAGCUAAAAGGUUUUAAAGCUUAAAGAAAGCUGAUUUCUCGCAAAGCAAAUUACUUUUCUUCAAUCCUCAUCUCUCUCUACAUCUCACCUUCUUCGUCUCAAGAACUAAUAAAGCUGAAACAAACGACUAUCUUGAUCACUUUUACGGAUAUUUGAUAGAUUUUGUCUUACAUAAAUCAACCCAUAUGUUAGACAACAACGACCACCAUAGCCACCACCUCGCUGCCGCGCCAUCUUCAUCUUCUGAUCCCUUCCUUUCACCGGAAAAUGGUCUUUCCAGCAAAAGGAAACGACGUCCCGCUGGCACGCCAGAUCCGGAUGCGGAAGUGGUAUCUCUAUCACCAAAAACAUUGUUGGAAUCAGAUAGGUACGUUUGUGAGAUCUGUAACCAAGGGUUCCAAAGAGAUCAGAACCUACAGAUGCACCGGAGACGGCAUAAAGUGCCAUGGAAGCUAUUAAAGCGCGAGUCGCCGGAGGUGAAAAAGAGGGUUUUCGUGUGCCCCGAACCGAGCUGCUUGCACCAUGACCCUUGUCACGCACUAGGGGACCUUGUAGGGAUCAAAAAGCAUUAUAGGAGAAAACAUAGUAAUGAUAAACAAUGGGUUUGUGAGAAGUGCUCAAAGGGUUAUGCUGUUCAAUCUGAUUAUAAAGCUCAUCUCAAAACUUGUGGCACUAGAGGCCAUUCUUGCGACUGUGGCCGAGUUUUUUCCAGAGUCGAGAGUUUUAUCGAGCACCAAGAUGCUUGUAUCGUCCGACGUGUCCAUCCGGACCUACCCGCAUUCCAGCCAGCAUGUUCAUCUCGAACCGCAUCGAGUACAAGCCCAUCAAGCGACACGAAUUUAAGCACCAUCCCAUCAUUGCAACGAAUGACACCAAUCCCACCUUGUGAGAAUCCUUUUUCACAACCUCAUGACACACAAAACAACUUGGAACUUCAACUCUUACCAUCAUCAUCAUUAUACGAACAAAUCAAUGAUAAUCGGACCAAUUUGAAGCUCUCGAUUGGAAGCGGAAUCAGCUUCCCAAAAGAAGAAGAAAAUAUGAAGAUGGCUAUGGCUGAAAAGGAGUUUGCCGAAGAAGCUAGACAACAAGCAAAGAGACAGAUAGAAACUGCCGAACUAGAGUUUGCUAACGCGAAACGGAUUAGGAAACAAGCGCAAGCAGAGUUGGAAAGGGCUAAGAUUUUACGCGAGCAAGCAACAAAGAAAAUUAGCGCCACCAUCUUGGAGAUCACUUGUCAUUCUUGUAAGCAACGGUUCCAAGCCUCCAGAAAUAACGGUGUAGCCAUUACAGUUGAGGAGAUGUCAUCGGCUAUAACUGAAGGCGAAGGAGAUUAAUUUGUAGUAUUUUUAAGCCAAUCCAUCUCCUUUUUUGUCGUUUUCCCUUUCCUUUAAGGACAAACCAGGUGCGCGAGGCUAUCGUAUGCGCGACGUCUAAGGGAAGUCGGGCCAACAUAGGCCUGAUAUACGCAUCUUUACCCUGUGUUUCUGCAAGAGGUUGUUUCGUUUAUUUAAUUUGUAUUUGUUUUCUUUGUGAUUUCAUUCAUGUUUUUUUAUCUUUUUCCUUAGGAAAAUAAUGUAUUAAUGUGUAGAUUUUGGUACUAUGAUGCUAAAUCUAGGAUUCCACAUUAUAUAGAUUUGAUCAGACCAAUCAAUGUACUAGUACCAAUUAGUUUGAAA